AUGGCAGCACCCUCGACAGAAGCGGUGUUCUUGAUUAAAGACGUCAAGCCCGGCUUGAAAAACCUCAAUAUUGUAUUCAUCGUUUUGGAAAUAGGACGAGUGACCAAGACGAAAGACGGUCAUGAAGUGCGUUCCUGUAAGGUGGCAGAUAAAAGCGGCAGCAUCGCCAUCUCUGUUUGGGAUGAGCUGGGAAGUCUCAUUCAGCCUGGUGACAUUAUUAAACUCACCAGAGGGUAUGCGUCAAUAUGGAAAGGUUGCCUGACACUUUACACUGGCAGAGGUGGAGAUUUGCAGAAGAUUGGCGAAUUUUGCAUGGUGUAUUCAGAAGUGCCCAAUUUUAGUGAGGCAAAUCCUGAGCUGCUCGCUCAAACAAACCAGCAAAACAAGUCUGGCAAACCUGACCAAAAUCAGAGGGGAAACUCUCCACCCAAUCAAAAUUCAGGUACAUCCUCUGCCCCAGGUAACGGCUCCAUGGCUCCGUUUUCCACCAAUAACAACAACAGCAGUGGCAGUGGCCCCGCACCGGGUGGGGCUCGCGACUCUGCUUUCGGGCGGCCAAACGGCCGGUCUCCGGGCAAUGGAGCGACUCAGACUCCCGCCUCCGGACCCCCGUCUGCUGCCGCCAAGUCGUCAAUUAACAUUAGCAACGGCAGGGACCCGCGACGUGCCAAAAGAUGA